AGAAGUAGUCAAAGGCACGAGUCAGAGCUGGAAGGAAAGAACACUUCGUCUUUGCAGUUGGAAACAGAACAUUUACCGAGAAGCUACUGAUUUGAACCAACUGAUGAAGGUGUUAUCACGAUUCUACAGAACGAUUGUUUUAGCUUCUGCUACCGUUGGCGUGGGACUGAACUUUAAGUUUAGUGAUUGGAUGGUUCUUAGCGAAACAACUCUUUAGAGUCGCAAUUUACUUCUCUCCUUGCAUGUGUUCCAUUUAUGUAUUCAUGUUUGUUCGGUACAUUGGCUUGAACAUUUGACUUUCAUUUGACAAAGAACCACCUCUAACGCAGUUGAACAUCAUUUUAGUUUCAUAUCGGUCAAUGCCGUUCUCUUAAUACAUCCAUGGUCAAUGCUCCAACUGUCAGCCGCCUGCCGUUUUGUACAGAAAAUGAAAUAACCCCUCCCACUUUCAAACGCUCAGUUUACCGUCUCCAUGGUUACAUUGCUAAAUACCACAGCGUUCAUUGACGUUGCUGCAUGGGAGAUAAAUUAGAGAGAGAGAAAAAACACUGGUUUUAAUUGAAAUAAGAAAAUGAGUGGAUCUGUGACUCGCACAAUUCCUAAGAAAAAUGAUACUAGUAAAGUUGUUAGGCGGCAACGGGUUUAUGACCACUUGUACGAUCCAGUUUACACAGUGUCAUCGGAGGCAGACCAUGCCAGGUCCACCCUCAAGGCCUAUGGGUCUAACGACCGAAUCAGGAGAGUGCCUGAGUUUGGGUCUAUGUUCAGUAACCUGUUCCACCACCCACGGUAUACUCUUCAACUGGACCCUACAGACCCAGUACCGGCCUCUAUUGAUCGUCGCUGGCGAGGCCACACAGAACAGCGCAGAGAGGCAAUGCAGCAGCUGGCUGGAGUUAUUCCAAAUGCUCAGUCAUGGCUGAAAAGGGAGGAGUGCUAUGUGACCGGAGCUGAUCGCUGGAAAUACUUUAAACGUCCUCUGAUUCAUUUUUCACAGCAGGUUCCCCCAGAUGUGAUUUUUGCAUUGCCUAAAGAAGACUUUGCAUCAGCUUAUGGAACGAAUGCUGAGCAUCAGCCCACACACUUCACUGUGGGGGUCCAGACAGAUUACAGGGAAAGUGAAACACAGACAGACCCGUACAGCCCUGAGUAUGUGGUACAACCUGGGACAACUCCCGCAGAGCUCCUGCAACUGGCAGCUUUGACUUGGGGUCGUGGUCUACCUGCAGGCCUGGCAGAAGUGGAAAUGAUAGAGCGGGCACGUGCCAAACGAGCUUGGGAGGCCACCCUUCCUCCACUGAAUGACCUUAGUCAGCUGGACAAAAGGAGACGUAUAAUGGAGGAGAUGGAGGUCAAAGAGUGGGCUUUCAGAGAGGGAGAAAUCGAGAAGUUGCAAAAGGCCCGUCUUGCUUUACUAAAGGACCUCUUGAGGCAGAGAGAUGAGGCCCAGAAAGAAGUCACAAACGAGAGACUGAACCAGAUAUAUUCUAAGCACCAAAAGGACAAAGAGACCAAGCUGCACAAGAUUCACAAUGACUACAGCAGGUCACUGAGAAAACUGGAAGCUAAGAGGAGAAAUGUGGAGGGGAAGCUAGAGCAACUUGGCAUUGUCAGGAAAUAUACAGAUUCUCAGACAUAUCCCCCUCGGAGCCGCAGGAAUACAUUCACCAACAGGAACACCCGCAAUAAUGAGUUGAAAAGCCACUACCUAGACACAUAUGAAGGUUUGCUACAGCUAGAGGCAGGGCUCUCUGCCUCAGUCAAGCGAUGGGAGAAAAGACCUACACCUAAAGUCAACAUCAUCAAGAAUGUGAUCAAGCACCCUGCAAGCAGAGAGGUAGAACUGAUGAAGAAAUACAAGGCCCUGAGAGAGGAGGCGAAGGAGCAAGUUUCCAAGAAGUCUUCACGUUUUCUUGUCAAGAAGGAGAAGCCUGUUCCUCGUCCUGUCUCUCCCAGAGUGGGGGAGCCUCCAGAGGGGGAUGAGGAGAUAGAGCUCGCAGUCAUCCACUUGCAGAAACUACUGAGAGGAAGGAGUAUCCAGUACGAGAUGUUUAAGGGGAAGGAGAACCAUCUGGAUCUUAUUCAGGAACUAAGGACCGUCCACGCCCUGCAGAGGGAGGAGCAAGAGCUACAGAAAGCUGACAAAGGGCUCGUAAUGACCCUUAAAAAUGAGAGAGACAAACAUAGACACAAGACCGCUCAAGAGGAGGCGUCUCAGGCCAGAGUGGUCGGUGCAGAGCUUGAACACCUGUUUGACGCCUUGUCCAAGGAGCUGAUUCAUCUCCAGGAAGAGCGCAGGAUCCAUGCCUUUACACUAUUGGCUGAGAGAGACCGUCGCCUACGAGAGGCAGAGGAGAGUGGGAGGAGACAGGUGGAGGAGCGCAGACGCAGAGAAGAAGAUGAGAUCUUCAGACAAGUGGUACAGGUACACCAGGAAACUGUGGAUUUGUAUUUGGAGGACAUCAUCCUAGAGACCUUGGAGCAGACCGCUGACCAGCAGGCCAGAGAGGAGAUCCACAGGAGGGCGAAGGAGGUCAAUGACAUUGCUUAUGCCAUGGAGGAAAGCCGGAGCAAUCUUCAGUCGGAGGAGAUUGUGUCAGAGUUGGUGUACAGUUUCCUUAUCCCAGAGGUCCAGAAGAUCACUGUCAGACAAAGAGUGCUCCAGAGGCAGCAUAGACACUUGCAGGCAGCUCGGAGCAUCAUUCACGGAACUGCAGAACAUUCUGAGAUACUUCCUAGUACUUUGGAGGCCCCACAGUUGACCUGUCCCUCUGAAAGAGCCUCCAACCGAGUCCUCGAGAUGAUUAGCCAAGUGGAGCAGGAGAAGGGGAAGGAAACAGAGCAGCACCACAUUCAAACUGAGUAAAGAGAGGACUAAAAAUCCCAAAAUGUGUACUGAGAUGCAGUCUAAGGUCUAAAUUUGUUGUUCAUAUUAUUAAAGUAGUAAUUAAGUAUUAAGUCAUUUCCAUAAUCAUCAUUGUGAGUUUAGGGCCUUUUGAUUAUUACUUGUUAUUACAUAUCGUAUCUAGAAUUUACAGUAUAUUCCCACCUUUUCUGACAGGAUCAAGUACAAGCUCCAUUUCCAUCUGGGGAGUUGGGCUGCUGUGGGGGUAUGGAGGAUUCAGGGGUCCCUGAUUAAGCACUUCUCAUUUUAAGUUGACAUAGAGUGACUUAAUAGAUAUUUGAGGAUGUUUCAGGGAUGCAUUUUACGGAGGGAUUCAUUCAUUUGGUGACUUAUUUACUGAGAAGAAAAUGUGCUUUAAAUGGCAUAGGAAGUUCUCCAAUUAUUACAACAAUCUGAGGUGAAUUACUUUCUUUUAUUAUCCUAUAUUUUGACUUAACCAUGACAACUACAGUUGACAGCCACUGACUGGUGUUGUAAAUAGUAGUGAAUUUCUAUCAAAUUUUGGGGUAAACUGCUUAGGGCAGGGGUGUCAAACUCAUUUUCACUAAGGGCCACACUGGAAAAAGAGAAUCACACCAAGGGCCAG